GUGCGCGUUCCAGUUCGGGGGAAGCGCGCCCACCUUCUCACUCACAAAGUUUCCUCCACCGUGCCAAAAAAAUAGCUCACGAGAAGGAAGAAAAGAAAAAAACAUUUCACGAUCUGCCAUGUACAUCUUUUGGGGGAUGCGGUCUGCCCGGUGACGUCAAUGGUGGCUGUGCAUGUGCUUUCUACUCCACGCGUGCUCAUUUGACCAAGGCCAAAGGAGAUGCUGGGCCGCCGUCACCGGGCCCUUUCCGGCCUGUAGCUGCUCUUGUUCGCCGUGGCGAUCUUCAUUUUCUACUGAAGCCUACACGGCACAGAGCCCGCCGCAACCCGGCGCAGCGCGAUGUCACGAUCCACUGAACCAAGCGCAAGCCCAACCGGCUGCCGCCACCCGACGGACGCAAGCUGAUCGCCGCCGCUGCCUUGCACGGUUUGCCGGUGAGGGAAAAGCACUCUGAGUCCUCAAGUUGAUUGUUGAGAGAGAGGGAAAAGAAAGCGAUGACGUUGGUGCCGUCAAGGCAAGUCACCCGAAGGAAUCACGUGCGCAUGAGGGACGGUGGCCGGCGGCAUAGAGCACGACGUCCGCAUGCACCUGUGCGGCUGCGGACGUCCGCUUGGCCGUCACCAUGCAGGAAGCGGGUCGGAGGCCUCUGCGACGUCACCAACACGAAUUGGCUCACUGCGGCCACUGGCUCAGGGGGAGGAGCACCAACCGGCCCGCCCUUGAUGCUGAGCCCCGCCUUCAGCCCCCACGUGGCACAUUGGUGCUUCGCGUGCACGCUGAGACCAUGGACAAAGCGUGUCGCAGUCGGCCCAGGUAAGACGACGGCGGCGUCUCCAAACGACGGUUCGGUGUGUGCGCAGGGUGUCCAGCAUCCCCCUGGUCCCGGGCCACGUGGACAUCCUGCUGACGGACGCCGUGCCGGACCCCCCGGCGGGCUCCCCUGCGUCUACACCGUACAUGUGUGGCGCGAGGCCCCACCCAGCCUGCCCGUGUUUGGCGAUCACGUGUCCUGCGGCUUCCUCCAAGCUGCUGGGCGCGGAGGGCUCAAACGAGCGGUGGUCCCGGGACGGCGGCUGCCACUCGCUCCCUCUGAGCGGCCUCCAGCGCGACCUGUGCCUCAAGCGGAACUUUCUGGCGCCCAGCAUCGUGGACGCGGCCCGGCUGGCUGUCGGCGAGUGCCAGAACCAGUUCCGACACGAGAGGUGGAACUGCUCCGCCGGCCACAACCCGGCCGUCUUCGGGCAGCAGCUGACCAGCGGAACCAAAGAAACGGCGUUUGUGUAUGCGGUGAUGGCGGCCGGCCUGGUGCACGCCGUCACGCGCUUCUGUAGCCACGGCAACAUCAGCGAGUGCGGCUGCGACGCCCGCCUCCAGGGGGCGGCGGAGGCCGGGGAGGCCUGGCACUGGGGCGGUUGCUCGGACCACGUCCAGUACGGGACCGGGUUCAGCCGGCGCUUCCUGGCGGCGCACGUCGCCGUCAACGCCUCGGCCAGGACGCGCGCGCACGCCCUCCUCCGGAUGAACCAGCACAACAGCGAGGCCGGCAGGCAGGCGGUGGUGGCGACCAUGUCGACGGACUGUCGCUGCCACGGCGUUUCGGGCUCGUGCGCCGUCAAGACGUGCUGGCGGACGAUGGCGCCGUUCGGCCGCGUGGGCGCCUACUUGAAGGAGCGCUACGAAGGCAGCGUGCGCCUCAAGAGGAAGGAGCCCGGAGCCGGUGCGCCGGGGCGCCCCCCGCCGGACAAGCACCACUUGGUCUUCGUCAACAAGUCGCCCAACUACUGCGUGGAGGACCGUCGUGGCGGCGUGUUGGGCACCAGGGGGCGCCGCUGCAACCGCACCUCUGGGGGGCCGGACGGCUGCAAGCUGCUGUGCUGCGGGCGCGGCUACAACACGCACGUGGAGCGCCGCGUCCACCGAUGCGCCUGCAAGUUCGUGUGGUGCUGCUACGUGCGAUGUCGCCGAUGCGAGAGCAUGAGCGACACGCACGCCUGCAAGUGAAACGACUCGGACUUGUUCCAAGCCCCGAAUCAGCAACUUCACAAACUCCAAAACGGUUCCGUACGUCUCUCCCGGACGGCAACGAUGAGUUGGAGCCCAGUUGAUCCUUGAGGCGACAGCUCAUUCAUGCGCUUUAGAUUAAGAUUGUUUCGUUACAUCAAAUUGUCCAAGUCCUCUGACUUCAGCACUGGUAAAUAAUAGCAGACUGCUAUGGUAGUCAUUUCUCUCGC